AGAACCACUGGUCAAUUAUCAAUCCACUGCAGAAAGGCGCACGGUUUUAGCGUCAUUGGAAUAUAAGCUUAACGACGAGUCUCUUGACUUUUUCGGACUCGUUAUUUCUUCAUCACCACUCAUCAGUUUCACUCACGUCAAAAUGUCGUCUCGGAGCAGAAAGAGUCCCGCUUGCGAAAACUGUCGGCGUCGACGGAUCAAGUGCAACCAACUAAGGCCACAGUGCUCGCAAUGCGCGCGCGCGGGUCUCUCAUGCUCUGGCUACAGAGAGCCAAUAGAUCUGCUUUUUCAAGACCAGACAGCGACGGUCGCGCGUAAAUUCCGCAAGGAUCCCAACCUCGCUGUUGUGGAGUCGGAGACGGAUUGUUUCUGUGUAUUGUCGUCGCCAUCGUCAAAUUAUUCAUCAUCCUUGACCCUGAUAAAUCCCACCACAUACGUCGAGGAGAUUGCGUCGAAGUAUUUCUUCACCAAUUUCAACAUCACGCGCAACAAGCCUGUGGCACUCCCGGAACCGUGGCUCGCCUCAUCCCCUUGCGGGCUGGAUAGUGUGACCUCAGUAGGCCUUGCGGCUAUGGCCAUCAUCCGCCAGGAUCCACACAUGAUGGCGCUCGCGCGGCGGAGGUAUUCAGCAGCGCUACGACACCUUGCACUUGCGGUUCAAGAUCCACUCGAGGUAACGAAGGGCCCGACGACAACGACUAGUUUUAACAUGUCAAUGUUUGAGAUGAUCAUCUCCGAUGGGCCGGACACUGCGUACGAAUGGUUGAAGCAUAUACGUGGAACCACGGCCCUCAUGCGCGUCGUCAAGUUUCCAUUUGCAAAUGCUAUAUUUGCCGUAAAGGGAUGUUUGCAGGUUUGCUUCACAAUUGCCGUGGCCUCUCUCAUAAGCGAGACCCCGGUGCCACCGUACGUGAUCGAUGUCCCCAGAAAAUUCUCUUACCCUGGGAUUUACGCCGAGAUUCCACCGAUCAUUGAGCUGUUCAGUCUGCUGAGUCGACUGGUAAACCUGUAUAUACUGGCAAAACAGAUUGGGAACAACAGUCCCCGGGACUUAUCUUCCGCGUUAACCGAUAUCGAUGAGGACCUUGUCUCCUGGACGACGCGGUUGCCGCCCGUAUGGACGGGCGGUCCCAAUACCGGAAGUAAGGUGUUGAAUGGACCGGAAUCCACCAACUGGCUACCCAGGCUAUGGGGAUACUACCGCCUUUGCCGAGUUAUCACCCACCAGGUCAUCCUCGAUAAUGCCCAUCGAACUCCCGGAAAAGAGGAACUCUCACGGGAGAUCGUAUCGCGAAUGUCGCAUGAGAUUUAUGCCAGUAUUCCGUCGAUGCUGAGGAAGCCAGCUUUGGGUCCUUGCACAGGCGUGUGCCUUGGUCUGACGUCGGAUGUGUUUUUCCUUAUCACGAUUUUGCAGGCUCUUCUGAAGGUGACGGAUAAACAAACCGUGCUCGAUGAGUGGGCAGUGUCGGCGAGUGAGACGAUUGGGAAGGAAGAGUUUGGGCCUGUACGAUGGUUCGUGGAGAAACAUUUAUGUUAGCAAAUAUAAUACCGAAGCUUUGUCGAUCUGAAAUGUUUGGCUUGGCCA